AUGUUGAAUUCGGGUCAUGAAAUGGAUAUUCCGGGUUCCAGACAAUCGGAUCUGAAGAAAUCCUUCAAAUCCGCUGUUCGUUCUCUUCUCACUGCUUGCUCCAAACAGGAUUUUCUUGACAUUUUCUCGAGAUUCAGUAAGACUGAGCAAGAACGGCUUUAUCGGCUAUAUACUCAGGUUAUUGUGAAUUUGCAUCAGACAUUGGAGGAUGAGUUUGAUGCACAAUGCCAAGAAUCUCAGGUUGGAUCAGUUCUUGAUAAAGUCGAGCAGCUGGUCGAAGAACAAAGUUUGGAUCCCUUAUUUUCAGAUGAGACGAAUGUAAUGGACAUAGCAAACGAUCUAACAACAGCUAAGAAGAGGGAGAUACAAAAAUUAACAGCUUUGCUUCAAAGGGCAGAAGAACAGAAUCGUCAGAUGGAAGCUCGAAUCGGUCAGCUCAGAAAACAACCACAAGAGGUCUCAGGCACAGCUGAUGCAAUCACAAAGCUGAAAAUGGGGAUCACGGGCUACUUUGAAGGAAAUGACAAGCUACCUCCAAUAUAG